UGGGCCCUACCGUAUCAUUUAUACACAAGCUGGUGAGCAUCUGCUUCUCUUGUCCUUGAAAGCCAAUUGCAGAGAGGGAGAGAGAGAGAGAGAGAGAUCAGAUGGCUGCUUCGAUGUUAGCUCGGAAAUCUUUAACGGCCUUACGAGGUCGACAUUUGGGUUCGGUUGGUGUUGGGCAACAUCUUCAGGUUCCACAUAGUUACAGAAGGGGAUUCAGUUCGCACCCAUUCUCUAGAAUGGGAAAAGAUGAUUUUGAACGAGAGCAGCUUGCAAAAGAGAUCUCAAAGGAUUGGAAUUCUAUUUUUGAACGAAGUAUAAAUACAUUAUUUCUGACUGAGAUGGUUCGGGGUUUGAUGCUGACACUAAAGUACUUCUUUGAGAGGAAAGUUACAAUUAACUAUCCAUUUGAGAAGGGCCCUUUGAGCCCACGCUUUCGCGGAGAACAUGCUCUCCGCCGCUAUCCAACUGGAGAGGAGCGUUGUAUUGCAUGCAAACUGUGUGAGGCUAUUUGUCCGGCACAAGCAAUCACAAUUGAAGCCGAGGAACGAGAAGAUGGUAGCCGUCGCACUACAAGGUAUGACAUUGACAUGACUAAAUGCAUUUACUGUGGAUUCUGCCAAGAGGCGUGCCCUGUUGAUGCCAUUGUCGAAGGGCCAAACUUUGAAUUUGCAACAGAAACUCAUGAGGAGCUGUUGUACGACAAGGAGAAACUGCUUGAAAAUGGAGACCGAUGGGAAACUGAGAUAGCGGAGAACCUCAGAUCCGAGAGCCUCUAUCGUUGAGCUCUGUGGCACCCAAUGGCUGAUUUCCCUCGAUCUUGAAGACAUGAAAUAAAGAAGUGGCUUUUGCACUCGAGAAUUCUGAAAUUGUUUUCUUUUUUUGAGUACAUCUCUGUUCUGACAUUUAGAAAUUCUUUCUUUGAUUCCGCAUCUGGUUAUCUCCAACAUUACGCUGACAGUAAAUAGGGUAUGAUGAUUGAUGAAAUGGAAAUGCAUGGAAAGAUACGGCUGUUUCUGUGUAA